ACUGUGUUUCCUUUCAGCCAAUCAGCAACCUUGCUGACAGCCACUGACGGUCAUAGUUCAUUCCAACAUGGCGGAAUUUCACGGCUGGCAUGCGAGCUAGUUAGCCAAGUAGCUGAAACACUUGGCUGGAGGGAAAUAGAUUUGUCGAUUGUACUCUACGUAGGAAAUGAUGUAUUCAGAUAUGUAGCAACGUAUACAUCAGAAAGAUGUUUCGUUUGAGAGGAAAUAUCAUGGGAUCAUCGUUGUCUUUACAGAAGCUGUGUGUCCUGUACCUGGGAGGGCGGAUCUCUCAACAGUUUCAUCUGCCGUGGGUAAAACCUUACCUCAGACUAGGAACUGUCCGUAGAGUCACAGCUGAAGUUGGAUCAACCACUCCAACUCCUCCUACUCUGAAUAGCCCAGACAGUAGCCUUGAGUCUAGCUCUGGCCACUGUAGCUCUGACCCCCCUCCUGCCAAGGCCGUUGGCCCUCCACUCGCCCCCACCCACUGUUGUAUGAGCGGUUGCCAUAACUGUGUGUGGAUCGAACACGCAGAGCAGCUCCUAGCCUACUACCGUGAUGGAGGGUUUGGGAAAGAGAGUGCCCUGGCUGCUAUUGAGGAGAACGUAUCGGAUGAGAACCUGAAAGCCUUCCUGAAGAUGGAGAUCAGGAUGAUGACGAAGAAGUAGACUCUUUAUUGUCUUUGUGUGGCAGAGAGGGAAUGGGGACAUUGAGGGCCUUUUGACACUGUAUGCACUUUAAACCACUCCCUCGUAUUUUAAUACUGGUAUGCAUUUUAUCCUACGUGUCUAUCAAACUGUCAUUUCACUUAGUCAUGGCCAUUUCAACUAGUUUUUGUCAUCGCAUAAUCUUGCAUAUUCUAACCUAGUCUAUAGUUUUUUGCAUGAGUGUAUACAUGUAUAAUUUCUCAUUUCAUUCAUGCAUAGAUAUAGCCUAGUGCCAUUCAAGCAUACUUUGUUGAGGCAUUCAAUAAGGUAGGCCUAAUGUUUUCAAUGUUCACAUAAUCUCAAUACAUUUUGAUGUUUAAUUUAUUUAUGCCGUCUGACAGUGUUACUUUCUGCUAUGCUGUGACAAAUGAACCUGAAAAAUACAUUUCCCUGACACUUGAAAUAGAAUACGCACAAUUAUGUUUGGAUUUAAACAUUUUUAGGUUUAUGGGUUGAUUUUAUAUCAGUUGGUGGUGGAUGAGUUGUUCUUAUUUAUUAUUUAAAUAUAAAUUGUAAGUGUAGGUUGACGAUGGGCAACAUUUGUUUUGAAAUAAAUCUUGUACUUGUAUGACUGAA